UGUAUUCUGGUUAUAUCCAGAGCAGCAAACAUUCAGAGAACUACGCAAACGGAGAGGAAUCUGCAGAAGCAAGAAAUACUGAAACUGCGGACAGAAUAAUUACUAUGCAAUGGAGUAAACAGAGGAACAGAAAGGGUUGUUCUUCAGUGCCUACCAGACUUUUAAGAGUGGUGUAUCUAUAUUAAGCUAGCCAUUCCAGCGCUCACAUCAUCGUUAUGCAUCAACCAACAGCUCCAAUAAUUCCAAUUUUGAACAAAUGUUUCCUCUUUGUGCAUACACCAUCAGACCCACAAAACCCAAGUAGAAGAUAUCUACAAUGCCCAGCAACAGGACAUCUGUAUUGUACGUCAACAGGAAGCUUAUACCAGAAGACGAUUAUUCCGCUGUCUGCCAACAGUUCUCCUUUAUUAAGUAUCAAUUCUGGUUUACUUCCCAGCAAUCCCACAUCAUGCACAAUAAAGACAUCUUCAGUAUGUACAAAUAAUUUGAAUCAACAGGAUAAUGGUGCUUCAACAAGUACUGAGAACAACACAAGUCCCAAAGCUAAAGACGUCAAACAACCUAUUCAGGGGAAUAACGCUUCGAUGAGCAACACAGUUCCUAUUGUUAAAAAUGCUGAUCAACAAGUGCAAGGUACGAGUGCUCCCAAAACACAUAGGAAUAAAGCCUCCAAGAGCAAGGUUGACACAACUACUCAAGUCAAUUCACCAGUACAAGAUGCAAGUAAUUUUUCUGUGUGCAGUCAGAGUAAUUCUCAACCAACUGCAAAAAAAGAAAAGAAGAAACGUAGCAGAAAAACAAAAAAUAAAUCAGUUCCUAUACUGGACAAUUCUUCUGCAACUCCUAAAAAGAAGGCCUCUGUUUCAAGCAAAAAAAAUAAAUCUACCGUGACCCCCCAGCCCAAGUCUACCCCAUCAUUUGUCUUCAUUCGUAAUUCUUCUUCAAACCUUAAGAAGCCAGCCUCAAUAACCCAGACUGCAAAUCAAUGUAAAGCAGUCAUUCGUCCUGAUCACAAUCUCUCUGAAAAAAACACAAAAAAGUCACACAUUUACUAUACAGUCUAUCUGCAUCACAUGGUCAAGUUCAUACAACCUAUAAGAAUUAAUUUUGAAGACCUUUUAUUUCCUCAGAAUGUAUUUCUUAAACAUGAGCUAACAAAGUUUUCCAGAAAGCGUGCAGAAGAAAAUACCCAAAUUAUUAAGGUUUGUUCUUUGUCUGUUCAAAAGUAUCAGUGUUUCCCAAAACAUACAAGAAGAAGGAAGCCACCAUCUCUAUGUACCAGCAAUGAAGAAUACUUUCUGCUUUGUUGUGCGCAAAACAUUUUCAAGGAGAAAACUGAGAAAAAAAAGAAGCUUGGGCCACUUUUUCAGGUUUUCAAAUUCAAAACAGCAGAUGACAUCCUCACCAUGAUAGGCAAUGAUCUUUAUUGAACAUCGAGUAUAAAAAUGACAUAAUGGUUUCCUCUUUACCUAAGAUUAUUCACAGUCGGUUUGCUAGGAAUACAGAUGAGCAUAUGCCUGUAUCACAGGCAAGAGCUACGCUGAGCUCAGGAGACAGAAAACUGAGGGCAAGAAAUGAAUGGAUCCAGCUUAUGAAGGAGGAAGCCAUUAAUAAGUACAUAAAUUUCGAAAAACACAAAUAGAGGCUAGACGUAAAACAAUAAGAUGUGCUCCACCACCCAGAGAAGUAUUGGCUGUUGAGUUAUUGCGGAUGGGUGAUAGACUGGAAGAAUACAGAGAACUGGAUCCUGCUAGAGAAGUGCUUACACGAGUAUUCUGACAGUACCCUGCUUGUAGUGGAAUGGGACAUAUUACGCCUUUUGAAUGGACCAUGCCUACGACACUCAAAUUCAGUGUCAUAUGGCUGUCACUGAAACUCCAUAUACAGAGCUAAUUACACAUAAGGAGACUAAUUUCCUUCCUUUAUAUUUUGACAGUAAUUUUUGGAAACAGAAAAGGUGACACUGGAAACAUUCUUCUCUCGUAACAUUCAACUUACUUGGAAAAGAUUGAGUAAAACCCAAAUAAUGUUACAUUAGAUCAGGGGUGCACAACCUGCGGCCCGGGGGCCACAUGCGGCCCCUUAUACCAUUCUGUGCGGUCCCCAACCAUCUGGUAACAGACAUGUAUGCCUAUGUCUUGUGGCUGCUUACAUGU